AUGGCGCGCGCCAUCGAGGCGUCGCAGCCGGACCGCUUCCACUUCCACGAGAGCUCCUGGGACAAGUUCCCCGACGGCACGGACAAGAUCGUCGUCGGCGGGUUCAGCCCGAGGAACCUCAUCGCCGGCGAGCACGUGCUCAUGCUCUGCUCCUUCCACGACAACGACGUGACGCUCUCCCAGUUCCAGGUCAUGGUCAUGCUGCUCCAGGGCUUCAUCAAGUCGCUGACCAUCGUGCUCCCCUUCUACCCGACGGGGACCAUGGAGCGCGUCGUCCUCGAGGGCGAGGUCGCGACGGCGAACACGUACGCGCAGCUCUUCUCGGCGCUGCCGUCCUGCGGGUCGCCGACGCGCCUGGUCGUCUACGACCUGCACACGCUGCAGAACCGCUUCUACCUCCACGGGAACACGAUCGCGUCGCUGCAGACGACGAUCCCGUGCCUCCUGCCGUACCUCGAAAAGUCGGGCGUCGACGCCGUGGCCUUCCCCGACGACGGCGCGGCGAAGCGCUUCAAGCACAUGUUCGACCCGGCGACCUACGAGAUCAUCGUCUGCGGGAAGAUCCGCGACGGCGACGUGCGGUCCGUGACGGUGCAGGACGGCGACCCGGCCGGGCGGAACGUCGUCAUCGUCGACGACCUCGUGCAGACGGGGGGCACGCUCUACGAGUGCGGCGUCGCCCUGGAGCAGCUCGGCGCGGCGAAGGUGUCGGCGUUCGUGGCCCACGGCGUCUUCCCGCAGGACGCGUGGCUCCGCUUCGCGCGCGGCGGCGACCGGGACGUCUUCGACACGUUCUACGUGACGAACUCCAUCCCGACGACGACGAACAAGCUGCCGCGGGACGACGUCUUCACGGUCAUCGACCUCACGGCGCGCAUCGUCGACGACCUCGACGGCUUCUAA